CCUUUUACUUUGAAGGAGAAUCCGCAGUAUUUCCGGCGCGCGCGCAGCUCCGUGCGUGCGACUUGACGUGCCUCUCCUCUGUGUGUUGCGUUGGGGUGAAGCCGCAUAAAAAGCGUUUCCAUAAUAAUGCGGGCGUGAAGUGCUCCAUGUAGUAAAGCGGAGGGGGCUUCAGGAGGAGGACAGCGGAGGGUUACCGGCGCCACACCGAGCCCUGUCAGCCAGGCACCGGGGACGGGAUAAAAUGUCGAACCGAAAGCACCGGGACAACCAGGAGAUAUGCGCCCGCAAGGUCCGCGAGCUGGCCCAGUCUGGAGUAAACAAACACUGCUUCGAGUGCAACCAGCCCGGGGUGACUUACACCGACAUCACGGUGGGCAGCUUCGUCUGCACGUCGUGCUCCGGAAUGCUGAGAGGCCUCAACCCUCCACACAGAGUCAAGUCUAUCUCCAUGACCACCUUCUCCCAGCAGGAAGUGGAGUUCCUCCAAAACCACGGCAACGAGGUUGGGAGGAGGACUUGGCUGUGCGUGUUCGACCCAAAGACAGACGGCUGCUCCGACAUGAAGGACUCACAGAAGUUCAAAGAGUUCCUGCAGGACAAAUACGAGAAGAAGAAGUGGCAUUUUUCAAAAAGUAAGAACCGGAGAGAUGUGGAGGGUCCUUGGAGUCCGGGGGUCCAGGGAGUGCCCCCUUCCCAUGGUCCCUUAGCGAGCCAGGCCCCCUCCCAUAACCUGCCCCCUAACGCCAGGUCCACAAGGCCUCUGUCUCAGUCCCAGCUGCCGUCCUGGGAUCGAGCGCCUGUGAUCUCACCUGCAGACAUGCGGACGGACGUGUUCACUGCUCGGCCGUCGCGCUCCCAAAGCUUCAGAGACCCCCCUCUUAAAGAUCCCACCCUGUGCGGGAUAGAAAGGCAGCGGCCAGGCUCCCUGUCGUCUGCGCUCGGAGCUCAGAGCCACAUUCCCUCCUUCCCCGCCCUCCCGCGGCCCUCAGCCAGUAGCUCUUUCAAAAACCACUUCACUUUAGGUCGUACAGUAUCAGCCUCGGGGACCACGGGUCCCUUCAGGGCCUUCCCCAAGUCUCUCAGCGUGGACUUCGGAGGCCUGAGCCAUCCUCCUCAGCAGCAGUCUCUGCCUCAGUCUCUGUCCCAGCAGCAGCAGCCUGUCAGCGCCGGCCAGACCACACCGCCGACCGUCGGCAGAUCCAACCAGUCGGACAGAUACGCUGCGGUGUCGCACCUGGACAGCGUCUUCUCUGACACAACGACGCCCACAGCUCCCCCUGGUGGCCCCCCGCAGUACAACGCCAUCUUCGGCAGCAGGCUCUCGUCCAGCUCUACUCCUGCCAGUUCCCCCGGUGUGGAUACAGUCUCCGGCUCACAAACCUUUGCAAAUUUCCCCAACCCAUUCAGCUCCGGCUCCAGCUCCGCUUCCCAGCAGCCCGUUGCCCUCUCCCCCAGUAACCCCUUCAGCAACGCAUCAGGAGGUGACUCCAGCGCGUUUGUCACCUCGCCCACCUCCGUCUUUCCUCCGUCCGCCUCCUUCCCAGGACCCAACACCCAGAAUGCAUUUCAUCAUGAGUCAGCCAGCAACCAGGAAGCCAAUGGUUUUGCCUCCUUCCCUGCGCCCGACUCUCAGCCCAAAGUCCCUCGGCCGAUGUCGGUGAACCCGUUCACGGGGAAUGUUUACCCGAGUCGAGGGACGUCGAGAAACCCUUUUAUCUGACCUCCCUCAGCCCCCUCCGUCUCCCCUUCUCCCUCCUUCACCCAGCCAUCCGUCUCUGGGAACCGACAGAGGAGUGAACUUGAGGAGUCGCUGCCAUUUCAAAGCCUCUGGAGUAUUCUCACCCUCUCUCUCUCUCUCUCUCUCCCCCCUCUCUGUCUGUGUUUACGUGUUCGUGGAGGAUAAAAAACAACAACAAAGUGUGAAUGUAAUUAUGAAAUUCAUGUAUGUAUGAGAUCGGUCGCCUGCUGUGUUUGUACAACGUCAAAAAAGGUGUUUGUGUGCCAGUAGACGCCACCUCAGGGCUCUGUGGGAGUCACGAGUAAACGACGCCUCUAUGAUUUUUUCUGCAGACACAUAUAUGACACACAUGUUGCUGCUGCUGCUGCUGCUACUUUGCUUUCAUCUCCUGCUUACAAGUGCAUAAAAAAAAAGAAACAGCCCACCAGUAAAUGCAUCAGCGUCGGUCCCGGUUUGAAAACGUCUCUCAGUUGUCUAAAAGGAAGAGCCAGUGGAGACGGUGCAUCACGAGUCUCCUCAGAUGGUAAUUACAGCCUUAAUGCAUGUGAAUUAGCGUCGACAGAUAAGACGGGCUUCUCUCUGUAGUGGGUGUGUGGAACAUGUUUGCAUUCGUCACUGUUAAUUCAUUUUAUUUUUUCCCUUUUUGAAGGAUAAUCUACGUUUUUUCCACUUCCUAGGCUGCAUGCGCUUAGAGGGCUAAAAGGAGAUGCUACUGAAUGUAAAAGCAAUUUCAGAAUAACUUAAAUGUGUAAAAAAAAAAGAAAAAAAAAAGACUUCAUCGCUUCAUGUUUUUCCGGACCAAAAUGUUUCUCGCUUGUUCAUUUUUUCGGUUAACAUGGAGGCGAAGUUUAUUACUAUUACCUUUAUUUUGCCAAAAAAUUACACAACAAAAAAAAACAGAAGAGAGAUUCAUGUAACAACAUCUUUGUAAUGACAAGUAUUCAUGUUCAUAAAAUCAGUUUGUUGCUUCUUAA